CUAGCUUUAUACCUCCAAACACCAACUCCGGCCAUUCAUUGCAUUGAUUCAUACCUUGUGUCAUUUGCUUCUUCAAAAGAUUCGUUGAGUACUUUAACUCUUAUGGAAAGUGCCGCUUCUCGGUAUACCAUAUCGGGGCAGGGACUUUCCUUUUUCUUAUCGCUGUCUGCGAGACACCGUCCUCCAGCUCCUGCGAGUGUGUGUGUUGCGGGGUCCUUGAGUUGCGUCACUUAUCUUUAGUGGAGAACAAAGGGAGUGCCUUAUCUGUGCACUCGAUUCCGGAAAAUAUGCCUCUGUGUCGAAAGAGCCCAUCGUAAGGUUGUCAUCAGUGUGUGUCCUGGCUCCUGAAUGCAGCGGUCGUGCCGGUUGUUGGCAUGAGCUGUGCGUGACCGCUGUCUGUAGUUGCCAUGGAGUGCGAGUGCAGGUGGUUGUGAUUCCGCAGUGCAUCUUGCUGCGCCGUGUUGCCUUCGGAGCUUUGAAGGCUGGUUGACUGUUCCUUGCAACUGGACUCCUCAUUCAAUAAUUUCCUCAGUUCGGAUUGCAUUGUACUUUAGAAGAAUUGAUGGGAUCAGCGGCAGAUCAGAGAGACCGCCAGAGCAGCACGUCUGGACGGCCAACCACCUGCGCCUGAGUAACAAGUCGUACGCUCUGCAACGCCCCAUGGCAAAAUUGGUCCUCCUGCAGCAGCUCGGAAUAUCAGUGCCUGAAAUCUACAGCAGCAAGAACCUAGAGCAGCAGCACGCGCUAGUCAUUUCCUCCUCACCCGCCCUGUGCACGCAGCCACAAUCCAAACUCGAACCCCUCCAGUGUAGUGCAGAGACCACCCCCCUGCCUAGUGAGUGCAAAACCCACCUGACACCCGUGGCCCCAGUUGUAACAACACUCUUGCCCCCGUGUGUCGCACCAGCAUGUCUGUGGACACAGAGCCCAAGUCUCAGGUGCCUUCUGGCCAGCAACUGCUAGACCAGCGUUGUUCGGUGCAGUCUUCAUCUUCGUCGUCGUCAUCUUCGUCGAACGAUGGUCGCUGCCGCCGUGCCACACCACCGGACGGCGGCUGGGGCUGGGUGGUCGUGUUUGCCUCCUUCAUGAUCAACCUAAUCGCCGACGGUGUCUCCAUGUCGUUCGGCAUCCUCUUCGUCGACCUCAUCGACUACUUCGAACAGAGCAAGGGCAAGACAGCAUGGGUGGGCUCUCUCUACCUGAGCAUGCCACUUCUCACAGGCCCCAUUGCGUCGUCACUGACCGACCGCUAUGGCUGCCGGCGCGUCUGCAUCGUCGGCUCGCUUCUAGCUGCCAGUGGCUUUGUGGCUUCCUACGUUGGCACGUCCCUCGAGUUUCUUUUUCUCACAUUCAGCGUGUCUGGCUUCGGCCUGGCCCUCUGCUACGUAACGUCCAUCGUAAGCGUUGCCUACUACUUUGAGAGGCGACGGUCACUAGCCACUGGUCUGGCUGUCUGCGGCACAGGCAUUGGAACGUUUGUCUUUGCUCCUCUGACCAUCCGCCUGCUCGAAACAUAUGCCUGGCAGGGAACGCUGCUCAUUCUGGCCGGCUUCUUUCUCAACAUGGUGCUUUCUGGUGCCCUCAUGCGAGACCUCGACCUCUUUGGCGAUGACGACGAAGAUGAGAAUGGCACAGACACACACGAGAAGAAGACCCUGCCCUCUGCCGGAGGAAGUGACCAGAGGCUCUGCAGCUCGCUCAUUCAGCUUCCGACGUACAUCACGGACCAGCGCGGUGCGCCCCUGGAUGUGUUGUCCGAGAACUACAACAAGGAGAAGGGCCACCUGAACUCGCUUCUGGAGCAGCACCCCAAUAUCUGGAACACCAUCGACCCUAGCUCGACCAUCAAGAGCAUGCCACCAAACUUCGUGCUUCCACCUUCAAAGGCCAGUGCCGCCACCGGCCCGACAGCAAAUGCCCUGGGAUGCCGCGACGGGCCGAACGGCUGGGGUGGCGAGCGCCGUCUGCAGCAGCGGGCUGACUCGGCGUGCCUGCGUAACAUGCGGCUCCAGCGGGGCAGCCUCACAUACCGCGGUGCCAUGCUUAACAUCCGCCGCUAUCGGCUCCGAGCAUCGAGCUGCCCCGACAUCUACCGCAACAGCAUGUUGACCAUCAGUGGAGAGGACAAGACGUGCCAGUGGCUGAGCGACUUGAAGGAGGUGCUGCAGGACUCUAUGGACGUUAAGCUGUUCCUCAACGGCCGCUACACGCUACUGUGUAUCUCCAACUUCCUGCUCAACGCGUGCGUUGACAACCCCUACAUGUACCUGCCCGACAGCGCCAUCCAGCUGGGUGUUGACAAGGACCGGGCCUCCUACCUCAUCUCCUUCAUUGGCAUCCUCAACACCUUUGGCGUGGUGAUAGUGGGCUACCUGGGCGACAAGUCGUGGCUGGAGCCCACACUGCUCUACAGCCUGCUGACGGCCGUCAGCGGAGCGGCCAUUGCGGUGCUGCCCAUGGUGAGCAGCUACAUGGCCCUGUCCCUGCUGAGCUCGGUGUACGGCUUUGCCAUCUCUGCCAACUACACGCUGGUGCCGGUCAUCCUGGUGAACCUCAUCUCGCUGGACAACUUCACAGGCGCCUAUGGCCUCCUCUUGCUCAUCCAGGGAGUGGCCGGCCUCAUGGGACCCCCCAUUGCAGGCUGGCUGUGCGACACGACCGGUGCGUACGAUGCCACCUUCUACUUCAGCGGCCUGAGCAUCCUUGCCUCGGGCGUGCUCAUGCUGCCCGUGGCCAGCAGCUGGCGCUGCCAGAACCCUGCCUCCUUCAACAACCGUGACACUGACAGCACGUCCUCCUCUUCAGCAACCGCUGCCACCACCGAGCGGCGCAAGCACGUCACGACGGUCCUCCUCCCGCAGAACGGCGCCAACCCUCCUGUGGCUAAAUUCGGUGAAGAGGCGGCGGCUCCGCACGAGACCGUGGCACUAGUCAGCAACGGCAUCUGCGUGUGAGCUUGCCCUCCAUCUUCUUUCCUCCACGCUUGGAUCUGGAAGCAUGACGCCGGCAAGCCGCGUCAGACAGUCAGACUUUCUCUUUCUUUGGUUUUGUCAACCUUGUGCACUGCAUUGGCAGUCACGUGAUCUCUGGCCUGCACGUGGGAAAGUCAAACCGGCACAUCUUUCCUCGCAUUGCGUAGCAGCACAUUGUUGGUUGUUACUGCAGAGGGGAUUUUUAGCAAGGCGCAUGUGGUCUCUCUGUGGUCUCAUGUGAUGCCUCUGAAAAACAUGUGGCCCAGUUUGUUUCGUGCAGCAGCUGCUGGGGUUUGAACGUUGCUAAAGCCCGAGGCUCAUUUUGUAACAAUCCAUUUGACUUGUCCAUACAUUUUGUCCUGUGGCAUUGGCUCAUAAGUCACUGUUAUCACCGAGAUCGGUCACUCUGCGCGAUGGAUGAUAAGAAAAAUGAAAAUUAAACGAAAUGGAUUGUUACAAAAUGUUGCUUCUGGCUAUCUAAGUUCCCAAGUGUAAAGACGACUUCUCCUUCAGAAUAACACAAGUGUAACAAAGGCUUUCCUAGACAACACAUGGAGUUAGAUGUAGUCACUUGCACAGUGGUUUUCUUUCUUUUCAAAUGCAAGCAUUUAUUUUAAAGUGAGCACGAAGUAAGCAAAAGCAGCGAGAUGCACACAGCACCUGCUUUGUGUAUUAACAUGCUUCUGGCCGUCUUGUUGAUUUUUUGCCAUUGCCUCUUCUUGUCUGUUUGCAUUAUUUUUUAUAUAUCUAAGGUCUUGCAGAAUUACAUUGAAACUUGAAUCAAUUUGUACUUACACCAGCUUUACUUUCACACAUCUAUGUUGAGCAUGUACAACUUGUGUCGGUUAACCACUGGUGCAGUGGUUGGUCCUUGUGCCAUCAUGGUUUACUUUAUUGCGAACAGUACUUAUAGCAUGACAUACUAGGAUAUUAAAAAGAAAGAAUAACGAAUCGGCACAGUGUCCGGCUGAUCCUUUCACUUAACCAUUUGUGGCUCAUGCGCAGUGAUGGUAAGCUUUCUUAAAAUACAAAAGUUUCUUCUAUUAAAGUUUGGUCCAGAAGAGGCCUAGGCAGGCCAAGAUGAAAUGUGAACAAAAUUUUAAUGUUGCAAACGCAACAUGACUGUGCAUAUUGCAAACCUGUGUCAAACAUUGUGAUGCAGCUCACUGUGCAUUUAUGCGUCUAACCCACAGCCCCGGCUACAACCCUGGAAAAUAAAUUGUAGAGAAGUAUGGCACGCAUAACCUUAUAAUUGCAUGCAACAUUUAUAACCUUGUAAGAGCACUCCUGAGGGGGAGCCUUUGGCACAAAAUUAAGCUCUGUAAAUGAUCUGGUUUUGUAUGUUUGGCCGUCACUUUUCAAGUGCACUGUGGUUUCAUGGCAAUUCAACCUCAUAGUCCACCUUUAUUAUUGAAUUUUUCUUUUAGAUGGAACUUCACAGCAGCCCUCUGCUGCAUUGCCAUGAAGCCAUACAUGAAGGUGACGUUCGGCUAUUGAUAGGAGCCCUGCCUAUUUCUCCCCCCUAUUUGAGAAAUUACUGGCAUGGCUUAUAUGCUCAAAAAUGCAGCACACUAGAGCCCAUUAUCUUGCAGCAGGUAAAAUGUCAGUCGUCAAGGCUGAGUCAGUUUGCUCAGAAUGCGGGGCAAUUUGUGCAUGCCAAUGUUGCAAACUUAUGUGUGACCAUACAUCUUCCAGUGAAAAACUUCGUUUCUGGGAAAGUUGAAAUCUUCAAAUCAUGCAGCUCGAUGCUCAGGCUUUCUGUGCAAAUGAAUGGGACACAGAGCUGUGGCCCAGCAGGCUGAUCAGCCAUGCGCUGUAGGAGGCAACAUUUUACUAGGCACAAUAUGAAACAUCUUGAACCAAAUUGAAACUUUGCCGAGUGGUGCUGUGUUGAGCAUUUUUGGGUGCGCAAACAACCCCGUCUGCAUGACUGUUUGCUCUGCGCGAUGACACGUGGGCACCGGUACUUUUUGCAGCCUGAAACCAGCAAUAACACAGCUCUAGGUACGGGCAGUCUCGUGAAAAAUACUGCAAACUGGUUCCCAUGAAGUGGUCCCUUCUAUUUGACACACUUUCUUGCUUAAAUCUCAUCAGCACUUAAAGCGCAGUUUGUUUACACAGCGCCACCCUUGGUUUUAGCUAAACAUUGUAACUUGGCUAGUCUUUUGAAAUGCCGCCUGACUAGAGCAGGUGUUUGUGGACACUGCAUCCUCGUGUAUAAACAGUCGCUUUCGCCGUGAUGCCGUGUGCAUCCGCUUGUUCUGAGGGCUGAAGGUCUGAUUGCGCAAGUGCCAUCUGCAUGCGUUGUCACACCAGGGAGAAACGGGAAUGUAAGGAAACAAUCCAGAAGUGGAGUUCCUUUAUCCACAUUUGUGAGUGUAUGUUGCACCGAUGCAAAUCUUAAUCAGGCGCUUAGGUCCAGCAGCCAUGUAUGUUGGAUCACACAUGGCAGUUUCAAGCGACCAAGCGUAUUAGGUGCCCUACUCUGAAUUUCUCAAACACAUUCUAAUACCAGUGUGAUGGUGCAGCUCGUAGCUGAAUGUUAUGAUACAUUGUGACAACUGUGUGCAAAAAGAUGAAUGUCGUUAUUUUGCACCAGCUGACACAGGAAAUGACUACAGAAAACUGGGACAAAGGCACGUCCCAGAGGAAGCUGACAACGCUUCUUCAGUCCGCUGUGGUUUGGAAUGCCUAGGCCUUGAACUUCUCUAGGUAGCAUGUUUACAUUAAGCUUGAACUGUGGCCCCAUUUCUUCUCAAGUGAUGGAGCUUUAUAAAGGCAUUCAACAAUA